AUGAGUGUCUCUGUGCUGAGCCCCACCAGAGCCCUGGGCAGUGUCUCUGGGCUCCUGCAGGUGGCCUCCCUGCUCGGCCUGGUUCUGCUUCUACUCAAGGCAGCACAGCUCUACCUGCGCAGACAGUGGCUGCUCCAAGCCCUCCAGCAGUUCCCGUCUCCUCCUUCCCACUGGCUCUAUGGGCACAUGCAGGAGUACCCAAAGGACCAGGAGCUGCAAGAGGUACUGAAGGUAGAGAAAUUCCCAUGUGUCUGUCCUCACUGGCUGUGGGGGAACAAGGUUCACCUGGUGGUCUAUGACCCUGACUACACGAAGGUGGUCCUGGGGAGAUCUGACCCUAAGUUUGCAGGUACCUACAGAUUCUUGGCCCCCUGGAUUGGGAAUGGUUUGCUCGUGUUGGAGGGGCAGACGUGGUUCCAGCACUGGCGGAUGCUGACCCCAGCCUUCCACUAUGACAUCCUGAAGCCCUACGUGGGUCUCAUGGCCGACUCUGUCCCACUGAUGCUGGACAAGUGGGAGGAGCUCGUCAGCCUGGACUCACAUCUGGAGAUCCUUGGACACGUCUCCUUGAUGACCCUGGACACCAUCAAAUGCGCAUUCAGCCUCCAGAGCAAUGUCCAGACAGACAGGAAAAUCCAGUCCUACAUCCAGGCCAUCAGGGACCUCAAUAAUCUGGUUUUUGCCCGGGUGAGGAAUGUCUUCCACCAGAACGACUUCAUCUACAGGCUGACCCCUGAAGGCCACUGGAGCCACCGGGCCUGCCAGCUGGCCCAUCAACACACAGAUGAUGGGAUCAAACUGAGGAAGGCUCACCUGCAGAAGGAGGGAGAGCUGGAGAAGGUGAGGAGCAAGAGGCACUUGGAUUUCCUGGACAUCCUCCUCUUUGCCAGAAUGGAGAAUGGGAGCAGCUUGUCUGACACGGACCUCCGUGCCAAAGUGGACACGUUCAUGGUCGAGGAUCAAGACACCACAGCCAGUGACUCCUGGAUCUUCCAUGCUCUGACCUCCUACCUCAAGCAUCAACAGAGUUGCCUGGAAGAGAUCCAGAGCCUCCUGGGGGAUGGCCCCUCCAUCACCUGGGACCCCCUGAACCAGAUGCCCAACACCACCACGUGCAUCAAGGAGACACUGUGACUCUAUUCACCAGUGCCAGUCAUCGGUAGAGAUCUGAGCAAGCCCAUCACCUUCCCUGAUGGACGCUCCCUGCCUGCAGGAAUCCCGCUCUCCCUCUCCUUUUAUGGACUUCACCACAACCCGAAGGUGUGGCCGAACCCAGAGGUGUUUGACCCAUCCCGGUUUGCACCGGGUUCUGAUCGACACAGCCAUGCUUUCCUGCCCUUCUCAGGAGGAUCCAGGAACUGCAUCGGGAAGCAGUUUGCCAUGAAUGAGAUGAAGGUGGCCGUGGCCCUGACCUUGCUUCGCUUUGAGCUGGCACCGGAUCCCUCCAGGGUCCCUGUUCCCAUUCCAAGAGUUGUGUUGAAGCCCCAGAAUGGGAUCCACUUGCAGCUCAGGAAGCUCCUAUAA